CACGCGGGUCCCAGUUUUAACGAACAAGCCCUUUGUGGGGGGGGCGGAGUUCUGACGGGAACUGAGCGAGAGCGGCAGGGCUUCGGCGGCGUAACGGCUCGGGGGCCGAGCCGCCGCUCGGAGCCGCGGCGCCGUGGCCAUGAAGGAGGAUCGGGAUUAUAGGCCCAAGGAGAAGCGAGUGACCCUCUUGACUCCCCAAGGGGCCACCAGCAGCAUCGCCGGGGCUUCGGCGGACUGCGGCAAGGGGGAUGAUAAGCAGGAUCGGAGCAAGGAGAAGAAAGAAGCGCUGAGCAAGGUGGUCAUACGCAGAUUACCUCCCACGUUGACCAAGGAGCAGCUUCUGGAACAUCUUCAGCCUCUGCCUGACCAUGAUUAUUUUGAGUUUUUCUCUAAUGAUACUAGUUUGUAUCCUCAUAUGUAUUCGAGAGCAUACAUCAACUUUAGGAACCAAGAGGAUAUUAUUUUGUUCAGGGAUCGCUUUGAUGGCUAUGUAUUCCUUGACAAUAAAGGUCAGGAAUAUCCUGCUAUAGUAGAAUUUGCACCUUUUCAAAAAGCUGCAAAAAAGAAGACUAAGAAAAGAGAUACCAAAGUUGGGACUAUCGAUGAUGACCCAGAAUAUAGAAAAUUUUUGGAGACCUAUGCAGCAGAUAAUGAGAAGAUGACCUCUACUCCAGAAACUCUGCUAGAGGAAAUUGAAGCCAAAAAUAGAGAAUUAAUAGCUAAAAGGACAACCCCACUUUUGAGCUUCCUGAAAAACAAGCAGAGAAUGAGAGAAGAAAAAAGAGAAGAGCGAAGAAGGCGAGAGAUCGAGCGUAAGAGGCUCCGGGAGGAAGAGAGACGUAAAUGGAAAGAAGAGGAGAAACGCAAACGAAAGGAUAUAGAAAAACUCAAGAAGAUAGAGAGAAUUCCAGAGAAGGAAAAGAUAAAGGAAGAACCAAAGAUUAAGGUACACAGGUUUCUGUUACAAGCUGUGAAUCAGAAAAAUCUGCUGAAGAAGCCAGAGAAAGGAGAUGAAAAAGAACAACUGGAGAAAAGAGAGAAGGCUAAGAAGUUGGAUAAGGAGAACCUAAGUGAUGAAAGAGCCAGUGGGCCUGUUUGUACCAUGUCCAAACGCCCAGAGAUUGAGUUUAAAGAGGAAAAGCCUAAGAGAUUCGAAGACGACUUUAGCCGAGAGUAUCGUGAUCGCGAUUAUGAGCGCGACCAGGAGCGCAUCCUUCGAGAACGGGAACGCCUGAGGCGUCUGGAGGAGGAGCGACGCCGGCAGAAGGAGCGCUACGAGAAGGAGAAGGCCUUGGCAUUUAAAAGAAAGGAAGAAGAGAUGAAGAAAGAGAAGGAAGCUCUGGGGGCUAAGGCGAAGAAGCCGGAAACACCUGAACCAGUGGGCAGCGCAGACAAAGUAGAGAAGAAAGAGGAAGUGGUUAAAAGAGAUCGCAUAAGAAACAAGGAUCGCCCUGCCAUGCAGCUGUACCAGCCAGGAGCUCGAAGCCGCAAUCGUCUUCUUCCUCCUGAGGAAAGCAACAAGCCUGGAGAUUCAGGAAUAGACAAAAAGCAGGAAAGUGGUAUUAGCCAUAGAAAAGAAGGAGGAGAGGAGUGAUGAGUUCAAAUGGCCUUAGGUGUCCUGUUGAGGCAGCCAAAGAGCACGUGUUCAGCAAUCCAGAAGUGCCUUCAGGGCAAAGGAAUAGAGAGAGCGAGCGAGAAAGGGGGUCCGCUGUGCUGGUGGGGUACACUGCAGAGGAGUACGUUUUGCGCAAAGCAGGAACCAGAUCGCAGGUUCAGAUGGGAAGUUCCAUUUUCUUGUUUAUGCAGUUCCUACAGACUAAUUUUUCAGUGUCCGACAAAUACGAGGGGUGCGGCCAGGCAGUGCUGUGCGCAGGCAGGGAAGGUCAUGGGAGGACUUCAUUCAGGCAGGACCUGAGAUGCGAAUCAGCUGGUUCCACCAUCAAAAAUGUUUUUGGUUCAUCCACUUUGAGUGGAGCCGAGUCACUUCGAAGUCACCGUCAGGUCUAGUUAGAGAGUCGUGGUGAUCGCUGUUUACGGUGUAGUGCAAAUGCAACAAGCAUGUAAUUGUAGUCCAAGUACAGUGAGGGGCUUAUGCCAAAAUGUAGUCGUAUCACGUCCUGAUCCGCACGCUUCAGGGUUAGUUCUAGGUGUUUUUGGUUUGCUUCUGUGAGCUUAGUGGCAAGAAUAUUGUUAAACACAUUUUUUUGCCCUAUGCAAGUUUCUUUUCGAGUCUCCCCUUUGCUUGAUUCUUGACAAUCCAGUCUUUGUUUUAUCUUAGGUCUCAUAAUCUGAGCAUCCUCUCUCCAGGAAGGAAAGCUGCAUGAAUAUUUGUUCCUGUUAAAUAGCAACUUUCCGUCUUCCUCUGUUUUGCAUUGUUGCUAAUAGCCUCAGAGAAUAAAGUUACAUCUGUGUUUGUUGACAGUUUAUUGAGAAUAAAGUUACAUGUGUGUUCUUGA